AUGUCGACGCUGAUGCCAUCGAGCACGGCGGGAUCAAUCCGAUCGCCGCCACCCUUUGAGCCAGGGGACCGGGUGGUGUUCUGGACGCGCCUCGAUGGACGAGUGGUCAAGCUCGAAGGGCUCGUCAUUGCAGUGGAAGACGAACAGGCGGACGUGCAUACCACGCUGGGCCAGCGAUCACGAGUGGUGCAAGGCGUGUCGUUUGUCAAUAUUGUCGCGUGGGACCAGGCCAUCGUGCUCGGAUUCGUGUCGUACCACUAG